AUGGCUACGGAGGCUUCAGAUUUGACGCCGCUGUUGGAGCAGCUGGAAGAUAGCAUUGAUGAUAUAGAAGAAGUCCUGGAGCCGCUGCUGGAGCGGGGACUCACCGCGACGGCACAGAAGCUGCCUCUGCUGGACAAGGCAAAGCUCCAUGUUCUGCUCUCAUACUCCAUUGAAUCCCUAAUAUUCUCUAACUUUCUUCUUCCAGCAUACCUAAGAUUGAAUGAUGUAGAUGCAAAAGAACACCCGGUAUUCAGGGAACUGAACCGCGUGAGACAGUAUCAUGAAAAGAUUAAGACCCUAGAGGCCCCUCCAGAGAAACGAACGAUGACACUGGACACACAGGCUGCAGGGAGAUUCAUAAAGCACGGACUUGCCGGAAACGACAAGUAUGACCUCGAGCGCGCCGAAAGAGAAGCAAAAGAGAAAGCAUUGGCUCAACUAAGGGCUGCGCAGCUAGCCAAGAUGAAGGCGAAGGUAGCUGCUACAGUACCGCAAAAACGCUCCGUUGAAGAAUCAGAAAUGUCGGGACGUGAUAGUACCGCAGUGUCGACCCCAGAACCAAAGAAGAGUAGAACAACAGACCCGGAAGAUGAUGAUGAGGAUGACGAAGAGGAGGAGGAGGAAGGGGAAGAAGAUGGUGAAAUUGAAGAAGAAGAAAGUACCGAAGAUGAUAAGCAAGGUGGUGAGGUGAAGGAGGAGGCGUUUAUCAAGCUGCCUGCCGUCGAGACCUCGAAGAAGAACAAGAAAAAGCUGAGCAAGGCCGAGAGAAAGGCCAUGCACGGGAAGAAUGGAAAUAACGCUGCGAAGAAGAGGCAUAAGCGGAAGAACAAGAAGGACAAGAAAGCUGGUGCUGCUCAGCCCCCAAAUAACGGUUGA